AGACAACCCUCCAGCUCAUGCCACCACAUCACGGAGUAUUUAUGUUGACCUAACGGGUACAACAGCGACCCUUGCACCAGCUUUCUCUACUUCUACUCGCACGACUUUCCAAGAAGACUUUGACCGCCCACAAGUUCUACGAGCUUACAAGUUCGGAACACAAACAGACUCUCCAGACUUCUAGAUACAGACUUUCUCUUUCGAGAAGAGCCCGUUGUAUCUACCAAGUAACAAGUGCAUCGUCAUCAUGAGCGGAAACCCCUCCAAACCGGCUCCGGCAAACUACGUCGCUUUUACUGCGCCCAUCAACCCUGCCGGGGCCAGCCCGGUGCUCACGUACGCCCAGAUCUGGCAGGGGCUCUUGAAGAAGAUCCGGGCGGCCGAGGCCUUUGUCGGCGCGGCCAUCAUCUCGACCGACGUCAUCUCCGAGACCACAAACGAACACGGCCUGCCGGUGACGGUCCGCGAGGUCGUGUUCCGCGACGGCAACCGGCGCGUGCAGGAGAAGGUGAUCGCCUUCGAACCGAUGAAGGUCGAGUUCCACCAGCCCGACGGCAGCAAGGUGCAGAACGUCAUCAACCAGGACGCCACGGGGAACCUGUUCAUGACCUACACGUUCGAGUGGCUCCACCGCGAGCUCGAGGGCGACGACGCGGGCCUCGAGGCCGCCCGGAACAAAGAGUGGAAGAUGGCCCAGACGGCCGUGGAGAAGACGAUAGAGGUCAUGAGGGAGAUGGUUCAGGACGGAAGGAUCGAGUGAGAGUUGAAUGACAAUAACGGAAUUCAUGAGCUCAAAAAGGCCAAAACAAAAACCAAGGUCGGUUUGGUUUUUCGAGAAUGGUGCCACCGAUACCGCUGCUCUAGCUUCUGUGGCUACUGCAUUCUCAAAACCAAACACCCACCACUGGUGUCGGCCGUAGGUAAACGUAUGAUUUUCGAUAUGUCAAUGUCAGGUAUCAUUUCAGUACAUCUGCUCUCGUUGCAGCACAACAAAACCUUGACACUGUCUGUCCACCGAUAGAGUACCCAUGACAUAAUAUCGCAAAAGGGGGCAACCGAC